AUGGAGGGAUGUGCUGAUGGUGCCAAGGGCUCCCUUGUUGUUAUCAUUGGUGGUUUCCAUCUGCAAACUCAGCAGAAAAUUGAAUCCAUGUGUCAAGAGCCCCCUGAAAAAGGCAGACAUCAUUUCUUGCCUUGUUUUGAGGCAAGUAAAGCCCCUGUAGAUGUUGUGCUUGAUAUUGGUGGACGUCCAGCUUUCUUUCUUAAGAGGGAUGAGUUGAAGGAAUGUGAGGUAAAGCAGCAUCACCAUGGCUAUGAUAAUGCAUGCAUGCAAGAAUUCCCCUCUUUGGCAGCAUUAAGCUUCUUGUGCAUGCAACAGCCUGCCCAGACAAAGAAGUUGAUGACAUCCUUUUCAGACUGCGAAGUCAUGGACAUCCAGCACACCUGCCACACUGCCAACCACAUUAUUAAUAUCAGCAAACCAAGUUGUAGGCUGUCCGUUGGGCAGCAAUGUGGUAUUGUCAAAUAUGGAGUCCAGAUAAUGUUGUGCCUUGGCAGCCACUUCUCCCUCAGCAACUAUUCGACAGAUACUGUGUCCACUGACAGACCUAGUGACCUCGAUGCUAAGUGCCUCUGCCACAGCAUUAAUGGUGGCAUUGACACUCCAUAUAGCAUGGGAAGUGUUAGUGAAGACACCCUUUUCCUUCAUUAUGAAGCACAAUGUUUUGCAGCAGAUGCACAUGCUACAUGCAUAGUCAGUGCAUGGUUUCAUUUGUGUCAGCAUACUGUACCUCAGCCUCCUGAGCCUGUGCUGCAAUCUCCAUGCUUGAAGUCUGUAGAGAGCACAACUGCUUCUGAAGACAUGCAACAGCAUUGUCUUUUUAUGAAGCUCACUUCCGCUCACUUUGAAAGCACCUCUCAUAAGCCCUGA